AUGGCCAACCUGCGACGCAAAAGCCGAACGCUGUCUAAAGAUGAAGACAUCUUAGAUCCCGUGAAGCGGCUGCCUAACGAGCCAGCGGCGCCGGCGGCUCCCGAAGCAUGUCAGCCGCUGGGUCAGGUACCUGCAAGUACCCGGCGCGGCUCCAGGUAUGAGACUGUUGAACAAAAGACGGCCGCAACUCCUUCCCCAGCGGCUAGCCCUUGUCGCAAGAGCCUCGCGCUGCCUGAAGGUGAAGACGCCUUCGAGCUCGCUAAGCCGCCAUUGACUAUGCCCGCGUCUGCCGAAGCACGCCAGCCAACGGGUCAGGUACCUGGAACAUCUAGACGAGGUUCCGGGUAUUGCGCCGCUGAAGAAAACGCGGCCGCACCUGCGCCGCCCGUGGCCAACAUUCGCCGCAAAAGCCUUGCAGUGUCUAAAGGCGAAGACAUUUUAGAUAUUGCGAAGCCGCUGGCUCCCAAACCCAUAUCGUCGGCGCCUCAGGAUGUCCCUCAACAGCAGGCGCCUCUAAAGUCAAAGCAAGGCUCCUGGUAUGAACCCCUGGCUGACGCGAAAGCCCGCAGCGACGCCCUGGGACAAAAGGGUGUCACCGCUGGUGGUCCACAGAAGAGUAAGGGCAGCCAACCCAGCUACAAGCAGGAGAGUCAGCUGUACGUGACAGCACCGGAAGCACCGAUCCAACACAAGGGGCACCAGCAGCCGGAGCCGCCGGAAAAGGGCUACGUCCAGCUGCCCUCGUACCAUACCGACCUCGACGACCAGCAGACGAACAUGUCGUGGCCAUGCAUGCUGUGCACGUUGACACUGCUGGUCGCUCUAGUGUUCUUCCUCAUCUUGUUUAUGGUCCAGUCAAGCGAAAAGCUGGCCUCGUUGGAAAAGACUACGAUCUCGAGCACGCUCGUGGCGCAUGCAACCACGCAGCCCCUGGAGCGUAAGAUGGUCGAGUCAACGACGCAGCCGGAUCCGGACGUCCCUGCAAGCGCUGAGUGCGCGACGACAAUCGAGUCCUCUAUCGAGGAGGAGGAGGACGACGAUGCGCAAACGACGUUCGCGACGACCGUUCACGGAGACGUGGACGAAGAAGCGCUAACUCCUCCCUGGGCCGAAACGAGCUGACGCAUUGGCUUCUCCUUGUGAUAUAGCGCGAUGUUAUUUAGGACUAUGCUAACAGCCGAUAAAAAGAAUGGCAUGGUGAAAAUAAAGUAGAA